UGUUGCCGACCUACGUACGUACAGUUCGGCGACAAUGGUCUUUCCAUUUUCAUUCUCGCCUACCUAUACCAGUUGCUUGUCUAAUAAGGUGAGAAAUAUUGAUAAAUCAAUAUACCAGCGUACCUUACAACACUCUGAUCAGAUUAUGCAACAAAUAUGCAAACGAUCUGGAAGGUUUCAUAGCAGGCAGUAGAGACCAGUGCGUAAGGUGCAGUAAAGUAUCGAUUAGGAGGUUAUUCGACUUCGCCAUGCAAAUACUAUUUACGUACUGUCCCGCACGCGUAGAAUAUGAAAGAUUAAUUUUGUUAUUCAAAAUAAUAAAAUUAUCUUUGUCAGUUUCGUGUGCCGUGGUGACCGCCCAUGCUAAACUGUAUUUUAAAAUUCUUUGAAAGCGCAUUCGUCUUUCGGUAACGUUCGGAGAGAUAUAAAACAUAUAAGGUUACAUUCAAAGUCCCACAUCCUUGCUUCGCUGGGAAAAUGGAGGAAACCGCAAAUGCCGUGCACAAUGGGAAUGGAAAUAUCGCUACCAAUAACACUAAUGGAUCAGCACCAAGACUUUAUGAGCUGAGAAAGAAUUUGUUAUACAGUGUAUGCCGGCCGUUUUUAUUUCUUUUACGUCUUGGAGGAAUGUAUUUCAUCCCGUCUGGCAAUAUGCGAGAUUUGCGCAAAGUAGCUGCGAUGGAGACGCCACAAGGAUCUGUGUUUUCUAUUCCUAACGCUGAUGGAAGUCAAGUGGGGUCUAAUUUAAUAGUGCAUCCGAAUCUGAUUGCCAAAUAUUCCUUGUUUGAAAAUAUCAGCAUGUGUUACUGCAUGCUGGUUUUUGUUGUGGUAGGCCUAUAUUGCGCCAAAUUCAUUUAUACGGCGUGGCAUUUUGUGCAUUACACUUUACACGGAAGAGUAACGAAUCGCAGUUUGGUGAACAUCGUAACGGCAAUCAGUUACACACUCUGGGUUGUCCAGCUACUAAUUAUUCAUCUAAUAAUCCUGAUUUCCUGUGCGAAAAAAACAUCGUUGUUUCGAUUAUUUCUCUGCUUUGAUCUCUUUCAUUAUCGCGGCUGCACCGAUCCCCAUUGCAAAAUGGCUAAUUUUCAUAAAAAGGCCGUCCGAAGGCGAAAUAUAAUUACCGUUAUUUGUGUCCUACACUUGGCGCUGCAAAUUUUUACACUGUGGGCGCCGGUCUUUAUUGAUGACAAUUUGUAUAAGCAGAUGCGAGACGCUUUUAUGGAAGGUUCAACACCGGAUAGUGCAACAUAUUUCAAAAUCAUCCUGAUUAUCGGCAGCUUUACGCUAGCUUCUUGUAUGUGGUUCCCACGUAUUUUUUUGUUAUGAUUGCUUCUUUCUUUGUCGUGGAUUUUAUGCACAUCAAUCAUGAUCUGAAACAUAAUAUCAGCAGCAAUGGAAACUGUUCAAAAAUCGAAUGGUUUAGAACAUCGCAUAACACGCUGUGCAUAUUGCUGGAAGUUGCCGACAAUGUAAUGUCGCCGUUUAUUUUGGUAUCGCUUAUAUGUGCGGUUUUUCAAAUCCUGCUGGGAAUUUUCGUUUUGGUGGAUAUAUCGCAGAUCACUAACGCAACGAUAAUAUUCUUUUUUUCAUUGCUGUUUUGGUGUCUGCAGUACUUGUUCCAGCUCUGUUUAAUCCUUUUUGCUGGAGCUGUUCUACAUGAUGCGGCCCACUCACCAGCAAUUAAUCUCCAUCAGAUUGAUCAAACAAGUCUUUCCAUUACGGAAACCCUGCAACUGCAAACGUUUUUGAACGCACUGUCUUGCAAUAACAUCGGGUUCACUGCUUGGAAAAUGUUUACGGUGAAUUAUGGUGCCAUUGUAACGCUCUUCGGAUUAUACCUCACCUAUCAGAUACUUGUUUUUCAACUCAAACUUGACUUGAAUUUGGACGCGAAAAUCGAUGAACGAAUCGACUGCAACUGUUCUUCAGUGGAUAUAGACAUCCCGAAAAGCAUAUUGAAUAUUUCAAUUCACGGACAUAUAGAAUUAUGAUGCGGUUAAACAGCAGGUGUCCGCGGUUUUACGUGGAUAUUAUUGCACCAAGACAUCGCAUAAAACUUCAAAAAUUUCUUGAGUUCAUAUGUAGUAUUUCUACGGCAAUG